AGGUGGUCCAAUGUAGAAGUUGCCUUAAAAACCAUCAAAUUGAGAGAUGAGGAUAUUGAUAGUGAUGAGUUUGAACACGAAUCUUCAAUGUUAUCAUCAAUAAGACAUCCAAAUAUUGUAAAUUUUUAUGGAGUUUGCCUUUCUAAGGAAUCUAAAUUCAUAGUGACUGAAUAUGUGAGUGGAGGAAGUUUGGAUAAUUUAAUUUAUGAUUGUAAAUUGAAGAGAAACCACAUUAAUUUACGUGAAAAGAUUUCAAUUCUACUUGGAAUUGCUAAUGGAAUGAGCUAUUUACAUGGAAAAGACAAGUGUAUCAUUCAUAGAGAUUUGAAACCUGCUAAUAUCUUACUUUCUAAUGAUUUCAUUCCGAAAAUAACAGAUUUUGGUCUAGCUCGAUUAUCUGAAAACUCAAAUAGUACCAAAACAGGACAUGUUGGAACCUUACUGUUCAUGAGUCCAGAAAUUCUAUUAGGACAAUAUUACAAUGAAACAUCAGAUGUGUUCAGC